AUGUACGUUCCCAACACCAAGUGGACAUGGGCGUUCAUGGUCAUCGCCAUCGUGCAGGCAGUGGUCGCCCUCACGCUGGAGUCAUAUGUCUUCGGCCGCUUCCAGAAUGAAUUGCACUUCGAAGCCUCCAAUGUCAACAGCGAUGCCCGCACCGUCCCCACAUAUCUCGCCGUCUUCAUGUUCGGCUACCUCUACCAGCUUUUCCUCGUCUGGGAUGCGCUGCGCCUAAAGAACACCAUUCAGGUUAUCGGACUCGUUAUCUACAACGUCGGCAUCAUGGUGUAUGCGGCCAUCCAGUACGACCAGAUCAGGGACGCUGCCUACGCCCUUGACGAGCAAAACUUCAUCCCUUCCGAUUUCUGGAUCGAUGUUAAGCCCAUGCUGAUUGCAGUGCCUGUUCUCAUGGCGGUUGCGACCAUUGCUUUUGCCUUCGUUGCCUGGAAGCUAUACGACGAGUUUGCCUGGACCAUCUACAAGCACAUUAGCGCUGACCUGCGACUGAAGAGGCGCUAUCUGACAUACCAGAUUUACAUUGCCCUGCUCAAGUUCGACUUUUUCUUCUUCCUCGCCUUCACAGUCCAGUUCCUAGUCGUCGUCGAGAAAACCUCAACCGUCGAAGUCGUCCUCACAGCGGCGGCACUAGUCAUCACCUUCUUCCUACUCUUCGCUGCCGCCUUCUGGGUCCGCCGCGAAUCCAUUGCAGGCAUGAUCGCUUGUAUCAUUGUCUACUUCAUUGCGCUGGCGUACUUCCUUUUCAAACUUAUCCGCAUGUACGUUGCGGACUACCAGCGCCAGGAGGACUACAAGCCUGCCCGGAAGUCGUUGACCGCGUUCGCCAUUCUGACGAUCAUCUUGCUUCUCAUGACAAUCGCCAUUGCGUGCAUCUGCACACACAACUUCAACAAGGGGCUGAAGCCUCAUGUCAACAAGAAGUCGGUGGCGAGCGACAAAGCAUAUGGCACCGAGAUGCCAUCUGUUGCCGGACCGCAGCCGAACCAGCGGAUGGAGAUCGACUAG